AUGCAGUGCGCCCCGUGCCUCCCUCCACAGAUGAGUGAACGCCAGGUGUUCCAAGCCUCGGAGCUCACCUACCUCCUGGAGAACUGUAGCUCCUCCUACGACUAUGCUGAGAAUGAGAGCGACUCCUGUUGUGCCUCCCCGCCUUGCCCGCAGGACAUCAGCCUGAACUUUGACCGUGCCUUCCUGCCCGCCCUGUAUGGCCUCCUCUUCCUGCUGGGGCUUCUGGGCAACGGGGCUGUGGCAGCAGUGCUGCUGAGUCAGCGGGCGGCGCGGAGCAGCACCGACACCUUCCUGCUCCACCUGGCCGUGGCCGACAUGCUGCUAGUGCUCACGCUGCCCCUGUGGGCGGUGGACACCGCCGUCCAGUGGGUCUUCGGAUCAGGCCUCUGCAAGGUGGCCGGGGCCCUGUUCAACAUCAACUUCUAUGCGGGGGCCCUCCUGCUCGCCUGCAUCAGCUUUGACCGGUACCUGAGCAUCGUGCACGCCACGCAGCUUUACCGCCGGGGCCCCCCAGCCCGCGUGACCCUCACCUGUGUGGUCGUCUGGGGGCUCUGCCUCUUCUUUGCCAUCCCAGAUUUCAUUUUCCUGUCGGCCAACCGCGACGAGCGCCUCAAUGCCACGCAUUGUCAGUACAACUUCCCACAGGUGGGCCGCACGGCCCUGCGUGGGCUGCAGCUCGUUGCUGGCUUCCUACUGCCCUUGCUGGUCAUGGCCUACUGCUAUGCCCGCAUCCUGGCUGUGCUGCUGGUCUCCAGGGGCCAGCGGCGCCUGCGGGCCAUGAGGCUGGUUGUGGUGGUCGUGGUGGCCUUUGCCCUCUGCUGGACCCCCUACCACCUGGUGGUGCUGGUAGACACCCUCAUGGACCUGGGGGCCUUGGACCGCAACUGUGGCCGAGAAAGCCGUGUGGAUGUGGCCAAGUCUGUCACCUCAGGCCUGGGCUAUAUGCACUGCUGCCUCAACCCACUGCUCUACGCCUUUGUGGGUGUCAAGUUCCGAGAGCGAAUGUGGACGCUACUCCUGCGCCUGGGCUGCCCUGACCAUAGGGGGCACCAGCGGCAUCCAACAUCGUCCCGCCGGGAGUCAUCCUGGUCAGAGACCACAGAGGCCUCCUACUCCGGCUUGUGAGGUUGGAGGGGGGGGCGGCCUCUCCUUUCACUGAGCAGCCUGGCUGCCCCCACCCUCCAGGUUCCUCCCUCCCUCUCCCUGUUGCCUUACUCCUCAAGCUGCCCCUGGGAUUCUCCAGCAGCCCCAGCACCCAUGGUUCUCCUGGGGGGCCACCCCCUCAACCCCCCACUAGCUCUAGGAGCUACGCCAUUGCUGCUCCUUAGCUGCCAAGCCCCACUGCCAUUCCAGAAAGCACCCCACUGCUGCCUUGGGGCCCCCACCGCCCUUCUUAUCCAGUUACUAGACCUUGGUCUUUCCCGGUUCAGGAAGUA